AUGGUUAAAGCUAUAAAAAGCAUUAGAGAUUCGGUCAAUCUUAUCUGGAAAGCAACUUAUAGAAAAGUUGUUGGUAUAACUUUUGAUAGCUCAUUAAGAUUAGCAACCAUUUCUUUAUCUGAUGGUUACAACGCUACUUUAAAAUUGGACGCACCAGAAAAAUUAAUUAUUAAUGAAUUUGCUGGGUACAGUGGAAAAGAAUCCGUAAUAAUUGAAAAUAGUAAUCAAGAUAGUGACGAAUCGUUCUCACAAUUUGAUAAAAAUGCUUAUGUAAGAAGAAUAAUGGCAAAUUAUUUACUAAUUAUAGUAUUAACAAAAAAAAUUUCAAAAACUCAGCAAGAAAAUCUUGGUGGUAGUGAUGAUUCACGUGACAAAUCGUCUUCUCCUGAAGCAAAUCUUGGUGGUAGUGAUGAUUCCUAUGACAAGUCGUCUUCGCAAUCUGAUAAAAAUGUAUCACCUGGUGCUUAU